CUGCUCUGGCCAGUUCCCCAGCACAGCCGCUCCCCGGGGCCUCCAAUACCUGUCCUUCAGAUCCCCACUGUCUCCUGACACGUUUCUACCCUGACACCUGCAUCCCCAGCCUUAAGGGGCGUGGAGAGUUUCUUCUCUUAUCAGCUUGUUUUACUGCCCCCUCCUCCUUGGUUACACAGUAAUUUGGAGCAAAAUUCCUGGCAAGCAUAGAUCAACAACUGUCAGCUCCCAGCCAGAGAGAAAGGGCCCCUUCAGUGCUGUCUCAGGAGACUGGGAGAAGAAGCAGAAAGGACCCCACAAGGAAGGGAGAGGCGCCCGUGGAAAGAGGGUUUCACAUGCGAAGUGAGGUCAGGGAAACGAGAACAGAAAAAACCAGGGCCAGCCCAGAGACAGCUGAGAAGAAUCAGACUCACAGCUCAGCCCAGCCCUGGCACAGAGAAAAGACAGGCCUGGCAGCACCCAGAGACCCUCUUUCCUCAGCCUCCACCGGCAGGACAGCAGAAGCACUGAUGCUCUGGAAGGUAUGUUCUGGAGUCUGGAACAGCAGAAUUUAAGGAAGUAAAGAUGAGUGUCUGGGAAAAACCCUCAAGCUGCAGUGUGGCCCAUGACUGAGUUGGCCACCUGAGGCCAAGGGUGGCACUCCAGCCUCCCAGAGGCUGGCUAGAGCCACAGAAAGGGCCAGAAGCCAGAGAAAGGCCAAAGGUGGACACCCUGCCUCCAUAUCUCCUCUGGAAACUGACCUCCUCUUUCCUACGCCUUAUUGUCUCUCCCUCUUCUCUUUGUUCACCUCUGGGCGGUGACCUCAGGGAUCCUGGCCUAAGCUGGUGAUUGUGCAGGCAACUGCGUCCGCAAAGACUGUUCUCCGGAAGAUUGAACCCCAAUUCAGCCAUGGUGACUCCUUUGACAUCAAACUGGUGAGGGCUGUGAGCCGGAAGCACAGGAUACCCUUCCUUCCAGCUCCUCGGUUGUGAUCUGCCCAUGGAAGUCCCUGUGGACACGAAAUCCUGCUGGGAUCAUCUAACUGGAGGCUCUCUGUUCUUCACCUGCACAUGCCCUCUUGAACCCAGGAGGUUCAGGGGAGGAAGUACACCACCCUCCACUGGCACCCCCCUUGGCCUACACAGAGUCACCCCUGAGCCUUUCAAUGUGUGCUGAGGUGGGCCCUGCUCUCUACAGGGGUAUGGAAAGGAAUAGCUUGGGGUGCUGUGAGGCCCCCAAGAAGCUGGGCCUGUCCUUCUCCAUCGAGGCGAUCCUAAAGAGGCCUUCCAGGAGGAGUGAUAUAGACAGGCCAGAAGGGGCAGGUGGAGAGGGCCCCGGGGAAGCUGCAGCCUCAGGCUCCAGCCUAGAAAAGCCCCAACAGGACCAGCCCCAAGAAGGGAGGAAGAGCAAGCGGAGGGUCCGUACCACCUUCACCACCGAGCAGCUGCAUGAGCUGGAGAAGAUCUUCCACUUUACCCACUACCCAGACGUUCACACCCGCAAUCAGCUGGCAGCCAGGAUCAACCUCCCAGAAGCUCGGGUGCAGGUCUGGUUCCAGAAUCAGCGAGCCAAGCGGCGGAAGCAGGAGAAGACUGGCAGCCUGGGGGCCCCACAGAAGCUGAGUGAAGCCAGCAUGGCCCUGCCCACAAAUCUGGAUGUGGCUGGACCCAUGUGGACAUCCACCGCUCUGCACAGGCUGGCUCCUCCCAUGGGGUGUUGUCCAUCUGCUCAAGGUCAGCUGGCCUCGGCCUGGAUCCCUGCCCGGAUCACCUUCCUCCCAUGGCACCCAUGGGAAAUGCAGCCUGUCCCAGGUCCUCCAACCCAUCAAACUUGCAUCCCUACGCUGUGUUCUUCCACCUCCACACCCUAAAAGGGGCAGCAUCUGUGCUACCUCAACAUAGAGAUUGGACAUCCUCUCCCCAAAUGAGCCACUCUCCUCUCCAGGUGAAGGCAGGUUGCAGACGUGCCCUGGGCCUCUGGGGGAACCGAUCUUAGAAUCCAAACAUGGCCCACAGCCCAGGAAGCUACCCUGAACAUGCCAGUUGGAAGGCGGUACCAGACUCAACAGCAAAGUAAACAAUAAAGGACAGCUCUCUUCUCUCCUGGCCAAAGCUGCCUUCCUGGUUCAGAAGACAGGCUGGAUGAGAUCUCAGGCCGAGCUCUGAAACGGGGAGGUAAUCCUCUAGCACCUGUGCUUCCUCUAACUUGCUGUGUGACCUCCAGCCAGUCACUCACCCUCUCUGGACCUCAUCUGUUAGAGGAGGCAGCUGGAUAAAAUGAUUUUUGAAGACCUUUCCAUGGUGGGCACUGAGACACAGAAGAGGCCAAGGAGAGAUUUUUUUGUUCAUAUAUGCACUCAUCCAUGACGUAUGAGACCUACUGGGUAUGCCAUAAACAGAACUGGAUAUAGAAAUAAACAACUCAGGUUCUGUCCUCGUUCAUCGAAGUGUGGUGCUGGCCCGCUCCUGCAAGCAGAACACUUGCUCAGCAACCUUGCUGUUGGCCCAAGUCUAACAUGUUCUUUAUGAUUGUGAGCAUCUCAGAGUGAGAGGAAAAUGUAGAAAGUUUUUAACAUUCUAAACAGGAUUUAGUGUCUUUAGUUAUCCUGCUGGAUUGGGAAGAGAUGUUGUCAUUUCUGGCACGAAUGAAAAGUAGGAUGGUAAGCUCUUUUCAUUCAGUUUAUCUUUCCAGGAUAUGUGCAAGGGGACUAGAUGGAAGGCCAGCCUCACUCUGUCCUGGAAAGCCCUAGCUUUCAGUUUCCAUGCAAAGACCCUGGGCAAACCACAUGCUCUGUCUGAGCCUCAGUUUUCCUGUCUGUAAAAUGAAGGUAGUAAUUCCCACUGGUCGUCUGCCUCAAAGAGCAUUCAGGACACUCUGAGAGGACAUGGGAGUACUUUGCGAAGUGAGGGUGAGGCCUCGAGUGGGGUAAUAUUGUUAUUCCAAGAUUCCACUGCAAAAACGGCUGCUUUAGAUCCCCACCCAGGAUGAGUAGCUCCUGCCCUCAGGGCGGUCUCUCUGAGCUGCCCGUCUGCACAGGGGUCUCUGAUUCUUGUCUUCGCAGGUGGAGGACUGGGCCUGCUCUGCUAAGCCUGGAAGCCUGGAAUGACCCCUUGCUCAAGCCUAAAGUAAAUUCAAGGAAUCUUCCCCAAAUCCCAGGUCUUCUGCAAUCUACCUGUGCCCCUGACCCACCCAGGAGUUGGACCAGGAGCUGGCAUCCCUGCCUCUUAGUCCUGCACUCCUAAUUUGCUGUGUAGCCUUACCAUUAAUCUCUCUGGGCCUCAGUUUUCUCAUUGGAGGUAGCUGUGCCUGCCCUGCCUGUAGGCAUGCAUUAUGCCAGAACCGCAGACAACAGCUCACGAGAUGCAAAAGUGCUUUGCCAUCUUAAAAGUGCCAAAUCACUCAAAGCCUAUGAAUGUGGAUAUGGACACCCAGUCUCCAGCACCCGCUGGAUGAAAGGGGAAGGCUAGAGAGUGAGGGAGGAAAACUCAGUUAACGAACAAAGGCAGUAGCUCGUCACUUGGGUAGCAGGUGCCCAUUUUAGGACCCUAAACUCAAAUGUGCAAAAUAAAAUUUCUAUCAUUUUGCUAUA